GAACGAUCAUCGUCGGUUUUCAAUAUGGAGGAGAACGUCAUGCAGCAGUUUUUUCACUUUGUCCUGUGUUUUUUUGUCUUUAAUCUUCAGCAAUUUGGUAAUACUACAGAGAUAGUAGACACAUCAGAUGAAUCAAACUUCAAAAUAGAAGGCAGAAUUUAUGUAUCUUCUUCGAAGGACAAAGAUUGGGUAUCGAACACCAGAGUACUGGUCGAUGGAGGAAAAUACAGAGGAUUUAUUCGAAAUGAUGGAAGCUUUUCAGUUGAUGGUCUGCCUUCAGGGUCAUUUCUAGUAGAGGUGGCUAACCCCACUUACCUGUUUGAAAAUCUGCGGGUGGACAUUACCUCCAAAGGCAAAAUAAGGGCACGCAAAGUCAGUCUGCUGCAGCCAACAAAACUGCAGACAGUGCAGUAUCCACUAGAGUUCAGAGAACGAGGAAAGGCAAGCUAUUUCCAGCAGCGUGAGCAGUGGAGAUUAACAGACUUCCUAUUCAAUCCAAUGGUGCUGACAAUGGUGCUACCUCUGCUUCUCAUAAUGGUGUUGCCCAAAAUGAUGAAUGCUGCAGACCCAGAGACAAGAAAGGAAAUGCAACAACAAAUGAAUGUACUUAACUCCAAACCAAACAUGCCAGACAUGUCAGAGAUGAUCACCAACUUUUUCUCAGGAGGGAAAAAGCCUGUGAAAGCAAAGUCAUCAUCAAAAAGAAAGUAGUGUUACUUGUGAUCUACACUUUAUUUUUCAGACAACUAUAAAUUGUCAGGUAUUUUGCCUUGUGUUUUCCAUCACUAAUAUAUUGAUCUGAGAAAAGGUGAAUGUUGAGAGUCAGCACUUGAACGUAUUAUUUCAGAUCCUUGUAAUGUUAUAAGCAGUAGAUUGUGAAGAAUUUUGAAGGUAGAAAUGCUGCCUAAACUUUUUAGUCAUCUUGAAGACAUAGUUUCUGUGAAGUUUCAUAUGUAGCUCACAGAUUUCAUUAUUAUAUGAACUCUUUCCUUUGACCUUUCUUGACUGAUUUAGUGUUUAUUUUGUUUAUUUGCUCUAAUUUCCUUUAGUCUUUGUUUUGUGCACUGUGUUUAUUAGACUGCUAUAUUUAUGUAAUUUUUUCCACUUAAAUAUCCUUUUCUGUUGGAAUACUGUUAAGGUGAAAAUAUACUCCAGAACAUUUUUUUAAAAGAUUUUCAAAAACAUUUUGUGACAGAAUAAUCAAAUAUAAAAUAACUAUCCAUUGAAAAUAAGUUUUUAAGUUACAAUUAAAAUUUUGACUAUCUUUGAUUUAAAAAAAAAGAUAGUACUGUGUGUUCCAAAUAACUUUCAGACAGUACCAAAAAUAAUAGAUAAUUGAUUUUAGUGUCUUUGGAAGGUACAAACUAUUAUCUAAAUUUCGAAAAAUGCUACUUUUGAUAUCUUUGAAAGUCUUGGAGAUAUGUUUGGUCGAAGUGGUAACCCCCCAAAAUUGCACCUGACAAAACGAAAACUCUUCUUUGAAAAGCAAAUUAUAUCCAAAAUGAUAUCAACAAGCAAAUGCUUGUAAUUGUAGAUAUUAUUUGUGUGUGAGGAGUCUACAAAAUUUCAUUACUGUAAAAAAAUGCCAUCAUAGUUUUUCUAAUUCAUUUAAAUGUAAAUUUGGUGAAGGUAAGUGUGAAAAAUUAAUUUAAUAUCAAGACAUUCUUUUUCAACAAAAAUGCAUUUGAACCAUAUGUAUUAUAUAUCAAAGUAUCAAAAUCUGUUAUCUGUUAUCAAACUCGACCAUGGCAUCCCAAAACCGCUAUUUUCUGGGCUACACAGAAAAAAAAAUCAUUGUUAGAAUAUGAAGACAAAGCUUUGGUGUCAGUUAGGAAGCCUUUUUUGCAUCAUAUCAACUAUUUAGGCUUUCUGCUAAAGUACUGGUAUUUCCCCCCCCCCCCCCCCACUCUGGAACUUUAAAGAAUCCAUUUGCAUGUAGAAGAGUGGUGCUCAGAAGUUUUUUUUAAGAUGUAUUGUUUGAUUUGUUGUUAAGGUAUGGUUCCUUGUUUUUAAACUAUGGUGAUAAUUGUUGCUUUCCUUUUAUGUUUGUAUCGCGCUCUCAAAAUCCGAAAUAAAGAAAAAUAAUGUGUCAUGUAGUUGUCUUUUGAAUGCUUUCUAGAUUUUUUUUUAUUUGCUUCCCUUUGCCCCAUUAACUUCUUUUAUCUAAGGAGUCUUUUGUUUGUAGCCCUGACAUUCUUCCUUUUCUCUUGUCAUCAUACUGAGUUCAUAAAGAUUUCUUGGUCAGCAGUUUGUUACCUUGUCACUUUUUUUACUCAUUUAUUGCAUAUAGAUGCCUUGUGUUUUUAAUUGUAUCAUAAAAAUUUAUUGUAGAUUUGUAAAUGUGACAACAAUUUGUUUACAAGUAUUAUUUUGUGCACCCAGUUAGAAGUAAUCUUGCUAUGGCGUUCAUUUGUUACAGUGAUUAUUGUACAUUGUAUUUUAAGUCAAGCCAAGUGAUAAAGCAGUUAUGUUUGCCUUUGAGCAAUGAUUGUAUGUCUGAAGAGUUUUGGAACAUGAUUCACACAACAUAUAAGGUAAUGGAGCAGGGGAGGAAAGUAGUGCACUUAAAGUGAUACAAAGAAGAAGAAUAUAAAUAUUGAUGAUAAAGAAGAUCAACAACCAAAUGCAGGAGGGUGGGGAGUGGGUGAGUAAGAACAUAUUUUUAGAAUGAAAGAAAAAAGAAAGUUGACUAUCACAUAUGGCAUGUAAUCAGAUCACAUGAACAAAAACAUUUUUAAAAAAUGAAAAAAAAAAGUGCCAGAAGGAGGUACACCUGCAGCAGACCAGAGCAGGAGAGCUUUGAAGAUAUGAAUAUGAUGAUAUGUACUUGCUUGGUUCAAGAGAGAGUGGUUAGGAUGAAUUGGCGCUGUAAAUUCUGAAUGCAUGUUGUUGCAUAACUAAUUUGGAAAUGUGUUUUUUGACCUAAGGAGUAUGUGAAAUGAAAGAUUCAAUAUGGGCAUUGAAAAUUUUGGUGGGGUUAACCAAUGUUUCUGCAAAAUGUUCAAGUACUUCGCAAAACAGACGUGUCCAUGGUGUGAAUAGCAGUGAACUUUGUGUUUAAAAUAUGAGUGUUGAUGAUUGGUUGAAUUUUUAUAUUAAUAUCUGUUUUUUUUUUAAUUAUAACAACACUGGGCAAAGAGUAGGGACUUUGCAGUCAUUUAGUGAAAUAAAUAUGUUGUUUACUUUGUGAAAGCUGUAAAGAAUGGAUGAAUGAAGACAAGAAGUUUUAAAUCUGUUGUUUUUGUUAAUAGUUCAUAAGUACUUUAUGAAACAAACUUUUGCACACUUUGGAAGUGAUUGCGUUUGGACUCUCACUUAUUGCAAAAUUUAUCUUCCAAUCUUUUUCUGAGGUCGAUGCAGCUAGAAUGUUAAGGCAGCUUCAAGUUUGGUCUUGACGUUCAGCUGUGAGGGUGAGCAUCAGCACCAAGAAAGAUCAUCUGAUGGGCUUAAAAGACCUAAAGUGGUCUCACUUUUAUUGCAGUGUAGUGAGAUGCAAGUGCUGCUUGAGACCUCAAAAAACACCAUCAAGUUCAUUACCAACAUUGUUAACCUGGAGUGAUCUUAUUCAUUUGUAUCAGCUUGUUUAUUCCAGCGAAGUUUAUUGUGAUCAAUUAAAAGAACAAAGUGGGAGACAU